AUGGUACUUAUUUUGGGGAUGGAAGGCAGCGCGAAUAAGCUGGGAAUCGGCGUUAUACGUGAUGGCGAUGUUCUCUCAAACCCUCGCGUCACCUACGUGACCCCGCCCGGCCACGGAUUUAGGCCAACAGAGACAGCGAUCCAUCACCGCGCGCACAUCGUCAAGCUUGUUCGAAAGGCUCUCGACGAGGCAGGCGUGAAGCCUGAAGACCUGGACGCGAUCGCGUACACAAAGGGACCAGGUAUGGGCGGCCCACUGCGAGUUGUCUCCAUAGUGGCUCGUGUUCUUGCACAGCUCUGGAACAAACCACUGAUUGGUGUGAACCACUGUGUUGCACACAUCGAAAUGGGUCGUCUUGUCACUGGAGCAAAGUCCCCCAUCGUGCUCUACGUUAGUGGCGGUAACUCACAAGUAAUCGCCUACUCUGGUGGACGUUACCGCAUAUUCGGGGAAACUCUAGACAUUGCCUUGGGCAACUGUCUUGACCGAUUUGCCCGCGUGAUCAACCUCUCAAACGAUCCAAGUCCGGGUUACAACAUCGAGCAGAUGGCAAAAAGCGGGACCAAGUUCUUUGAAUUGCCCUACUGUGUUAAGGGCAUGGACGUUUCCUUCGCGGGAAUUCUGUCUUACCUGAAGGAGCGAGCGCCGAAGCUCCUUAAAUCCGGUGAAUACACACAGGCUGAUUUCUGUUUCGCCCUUCAGGAGACGGUCUUCGCUAUGGUCGUUGAAAUCACUGAACGCGCGAUGGCCCACUGUGACUCGAAGGAGGUGUUGAUCGUGGGUGGUGUUGGCUGCAACGUAAGGUUGCAAGAAAUGAUGAACUGCAUGGCAAAGGAACGUGGAGCCACCCUCUGUGCCACAGACGAUCGAUAUUGCGUCGAUAACGGGGCGAUGAUUGCCCAAGCGGGCUACGAGAUGCUGCGUGUUGGAAUGACGACCCCACUGGCCCAGAGCACAGUAACUCAGCGAUUCCGUACUGAUGAGGUUGAAGCAAAGUGGCGUGAAUGA